AUUCUAUUGCCUUAUCAGUUGGAACUGGUUUUGUGACUAACCAAAGCUGGCCUUAACGAUGUGACGUCGUUGUCGCUACGUGGUGGUCGAAACGCACUAUAGCUCUGUCGCGCCACUACAGAAGAGCGAGAAGGAGAGGCUAGGAGAAGCGCAAGCGAUUGUGACGUUGGCUAGGAACGGCUUUGGUAUCUUGUAUCAGUUUCAAUCAUAUCGUUGAGUGCUGUGAACGUUUGAUUAUACACUUUGAGUUGUUUUUAUUUACAUUUUUAUAAAGUUUUGUGGUUAUCGAUCGUAUUUGUAGAAGCCUUUACCAUGCCAGCACUGUCCCGAGCCGUUAGAAGGCUGCUAUCGCGCCAGAACCUGUUAGUUUUGUCCAGGGGUCAGUCCGUGUGGACUCCGGACAACGUGGUCCGGUCUCCGUACAGAGCCGUCGAGGCGCCGAACCGGACCGUCGUGGAACACGUUUGGGAGAAUUUGGAGAGGUGGCCUGAUAAAGUCGCUACGGUCUGUGGGUUAACAAACCGUUCGUACACCUACCACCAACUUCAUAAACAAUCUCGUAAUUUUGCUUCUCAACUUCGCACCAAACUCGGAGUAAGAGACGGCGACGUCAUUUGUACUAUGAUGCCGAAUUCACCGGAGUAUGUGGUAGCUAUAGUAGGCAUACUGACGGCUGGCGCUGAGUUGACGACGGUCAACCCUAUAUAUACUUCCCAUGAAGUACACAGACAGCUUUUACUCUCUAAGCCUAAAAUUAUAGUUGGGAAUAUAAACACAGUUGAUGUUAUAAGAGAAGCAAUGAUAUUGGCCCAAUUGGAUAUACCAAUUAUAUGUAUAACAGAAAAUGGUAGCUUCCUUCCAAACACUAUAUCAUUUAAAGAGUUAACUGCAGAUGUAGAUCAUAGUGUUCUUAAUGAUGUAAACAACACAGCUGAUGAUGUGGCCAUACUUCCGUACUCCAGUGGCACAACAGGUUUACCUAAAGGUGUAGAAUUGACGCACAGGAAUAUAGUUACAAACUGUGUGCAGGCCGACGUUGAUGGAGUCAAACAAUAUCGUGAUACUACAGCUUCACACCAAGAGUCAAUUAUAGCAGUGCUACCUUUUUACCACAUCUACGGCUUAGCAAUUAUUACACUUCACAAAUUAUCCGUGGGGGCUAAAAUAGUAACAAUGCCAAAAUUCCAGCCUAACACAUUUUUAUCUACUCUGAGGGACCACAAAAUUAGUCUGCUGUAUAUAGUUCCACCCAUUGUAUUAUUUUUAGGAUCUCAUCCAGAAUCUAAACAAGAACACCUAACUUACGUGGAAAGAGCAGUUUCUGGAGCAGCUCCUUUACCUAAACUAGAUAUAGAUAGAUUCAUUGAGAAGUGCAAACCUAACUUGGACUUCAUUCAUUUGUAUGGCUUGACGGAGACAUCGCCGCUGGUUUCAACGACAGCUCCUGGCUCCACUAAUUAUAUGACAGCUGGUUUCGCGAUCCCUAACACUGAAUUAAGGAUAGUUGAUUCAGAAAUGCGGAAUGUCGGACCAAAUGAGGUUGGUGAGCUCUUGAUCCGAGGACCCCAAGUAAUGAAAGGAUACAGAGACAACCCAGAAGCCACAAGGAACGUGAUAGAUGAACACGGCUGGUUUAGGAGCGGGGACUUAGCUUCUUUAGACGAGCAAGGCGCGGUCACUAUUUCUGAUAGACUUAAAGAACUUAUUAAGGUGAAGGGAUUACAAGUAGCACCAGCAGAGCUAGAAAGUGUUUUGAAAGAACACCCUUCCGUACUAGACGCGGGAGUUAUAGGAGUGCCUGAUGAGAGAACAGGAGAAGCGCCAAAAGCUUUCAUAGUUUUAAGAGACGGCCACAAAGGAGAUCGUGAAGAUAUCAAGAAUUUCGUGGCGUCACGGUUAGCGAGCUUCAAAAGGUUAAAAGACGUAGUUUUCAUAGAUAAUCUUCCUAAAAAUCCUUCUGGAAAGUUGUUGAGAAGAGUGCUCAGGGACAAAUGAUUUUCACAUCAAGAACCGCUCUUGAUACUUUAAGAACUAGUGAGAAAGUUGCAUUUUAUCCUCAAGAGUGCAAAGUAAUUUCAUAUAAAUUAUAACUUGAUGCUGGCUCAUAGAGUUGACAUUUAAAUGAUGAUUUUGAUUGAUAAAUGUUAAAAAUAAUAUAAAUUUUCUUUAGUCUGAUGUUUUAAAUUACUACUAGUGAAAAAUGUUGUGUUUUUCGUGACAAAAUUUGCUUAACCUACAUGCCUUGAAACCCUUGCUACACAGAAUUCGACAAUAUGUAAACACAAAACAAUAUAUUGUAAUAAUAUUGGAACUUACUUGAGGGUAGGUAUUGGCACCUGCGGUUUAACGACAACUUUACCCCCUUGUUAAAACACAAGAAAAUGUGUAAAUGUGUAGGUAAUUUAAUAAUGUGUAAUACGUAAUUUCUGGCAUUGUCUUAACUACUCGUAAGUAUAAGCAAAGGUGCCUGGAGUAAGUUAAGUAGCAAAAUAGUUUUAUUAUGACAUUUUUAUUUGGAACGAAAUAGAUGUGAACGUGGUCGUAAGUGUAUGCCACUGGCAAAAUUAUACACCGUGUUUUUUAUUUCUUUUAAAUAAACUUGUCUCACUUUUAGUAAAAAAAAAAAAUAAUAACAUAACAGGUUUGCGUCAAGUAUCUGAUGGGAAAUGUCAAAAAAUUAUAUUAUGAAGUAAGUAAUAUUAUCUAGUUCAGCUAUUAAAAUUAUAAUUUAAAGAAUUAAAUAUUCACAGAAUGAGUUAACAAUAGUUUUUUAAAGAAAUACAUUUGUAUUUGAUCUAAAGAACAUUUUCUAAAAUGUAA